AUGGCCAGUUCAGUUGCCCGUAUAUCUCGACAAAAAGCGAGAAAACGCGAGGCAACCAAACCUGCCCCUACAAGCAAAAGAAAUUUGCGAAACUCAACACCUGCCCGUUUAAAUAAAAAAGAGGAAAUUAAAGUUAAUUUUUCUAAUAAUAAUUCCACACAGUUAAUUAAUUUAAUAAAUUUAAAAAAUAAUAAAAAAGAAGAAAAUUCAAAUAAUUAUUUAAUUGGACAAAGUAGUGGAGGAAUUGGAAGGAAUUUUGACAAGGAAAAAAGAGGCACUCAUUUGAUUGGAGAAGAAGAUAAAUUAACGAAUGAUAAUAAUAAUUUAUUUAUUUUAAAUAAUAACACUCCACAUUUUAUUUUUAAACCAAAUUAUUCUGCUAUUAGACAACGUAGAAUAUCUCAAAUGGAAAAUAGAAACAGGAUUAGGAUUGUUGUAUUGUCAAUUACUGGCACUCACAGAAAAGGAAAAAGUUUUUUAUUAAAUUUUUUUCUUGAUUAUUUGUAUAAACUGCAAUAUACACAGAAAAAUCAAGAUUUGGAAUUGGAAGAAUGGAUAAAUGAUGAAGAUAUAGUUGAGGGUUUUACGUAUAAAUCUGGGCCAAAAAGGUGUACGGCUGGAAUUUGGAUAUGGGCUGAGCCGAUACUUAUUGAUAUACCAAGUGGAGAACGAUAUGCUGUUCUUUUAAUGGAUGUCCAAGGUUGUAUUGACCAAUCCGUUAUUAAUGGAACUAGUUGUACAAAUACUACAAAUAAUCUAUUUACUUCUUCGAUUCAAUGCCUUAAUUCAUCAGAAACAAUCUCUGAAGAAUUAAUACAAAUGCUUACGUUCUUUACUGAUUACGGACGUCUGGCAUUGACAGAAGCUAAAGAAUUGGGAAAACCUUUUCAAUCAUUAGCAUUUAUUGUUCGAGAUUUUAAAUUGGAAGAUGAAUUAAUUUAUGGAAUUGAAGGAGGUGCUCGUUUUUUGGCUAAAGUAUUGCCUGAAGCAAUUAGUGAAAAAAGAGAAAAUUUAAAUCCAAAAAUAACAGAAGUUAGGAAAAAUAUUAGACAAUGUUUUGGACAAGGAGUUAAUUGUUAUUUAAUGCCUCAUCCUGGUCCAAAAGUAGCCGAUCAAAAUUCAGGAUUUAAAGGACAAGUUAAAGAAAUUAAGCAAUUAUUUCGUGAUGAAGUUAAACGUUUAGUGGAAUCUUUGGUCAGUCCAAGUGUGAUACGCCCUAAAUUAUUGAAUGGAAAACCUGUUACUGUUAGAAAGUUUAUUGAGUGUGUUAAGGAAUAUUCCCGUCUGUUUGAUUCAUCAGAAUUACCAGAACCCCGUUCUAUUUUAAAUUCUAAUCUUCAAUUAAUUUGUGUAGAAUAUGCAUUAGAUGCCAAAUUAGCCUAUUGUAAAGCUAUGGAUAGAACAACACGUUCAGCUAGAAUGAUGGCAGAGAAAAAAUUAUUGGAGGCGCACAUUAAAAAUGGAAUUAAGGCCUUAAAUAUUUAUGAUAGAUGUCCAAAAAUAUAUAGUGGUGAUAUUAGAAUACAAAAUCUGGGAAGAUUGCAAGAAUCUAUUAAUCAUGAAUUGGAACGUUAUCAACGUCUUAAUGAAGAAAAGAGGGUAAUAAAUUGCAAGGGCGUAGCAAUAGGGACGAUUUCAGGAGGGGCUGAAGGUGUUACCUCUCAAAAUUUUUUCAUUUUCCCCCAUUUCAGGGGGGGGGGGUUCAGCCCACCUCAGCCUCAUGGCUUCACCCUUGAUAAAUUAUUGCCUAACUUAAAAGAUAGUAAAACAAUUUCCUAUUCAAAGGUAACAACGUGUACUUCAGCAAUGCUGGCUUGUGGUGAUUCCCCUCUUUUUGGUCUUGGGUUGGGAGGGGCAGCUUCUGGGGCUGUUGCCGCUACUGUUAUUACAUUACAAAUGGGUGUGUGCUGGCAUUGUUGGUAA